CACGCACGCACGCACGCACGCACAACAUGACGAGUCUGAGUGAGGAGCUACAGCGGUCCGUGCACACGCUGCUGGCUGCAGACUGGAGACAGCGCACGCUGCUAGUAUUUGGUACUCUGGAGAGGCUCUUGCUUAGCGCUAUAUUCUUCUUCCUACUAUCCGUGGCUGAGAGGACAUUCAAGCAGAGAUUCCGUUAUUCCAAGUUCUUCUGUCAUCUGACAUCUGCUAGACGUGCACAGAGGUCAGAGUUGCCACACUUCCGUCUCAACAAAGUGAGAAAUAUAAAGACAUGGCUGUCACUGAGGUCGUACCUCAAGAGGAGAGGUCCACAGCGGUCUGUAGAUGUGAUCGUAUCAGCAGCUUUUCUCAUCGAUCUCUGCCUACUCUCCGUUGUCUGUGUGCAGCUGAUCACCGAUCACACGACGUUCCUCAACUCGCUCUUCAACUGCGAGAUCUUGCUGUGGAGCCUCGGCAUAGGCGCCUACCUGCUCAGAUUCAUGACCCUCGGCACAAAGACCAACCGCAAAUACUGCAACCUGUCCGUGCUGAUCACAGAGCAGAUUAACCUAUACCUUGGGAUGGAACAGAAGCCACAUAAGAAGGAAGAGUUGAUGCUUGCCAAUCAUGUCACAAAACUUGCUGCACAACUACUCAAGGAGCUGGAAAGUCCGUUUAAGAUAUCAGGCAUGUCGGCCAACCCUCUGCUGUACAACGUCACCAAGGUGGUAAUCCUAUCGGCCUUCUCCGCAGUACUGACCGAAGUCCUAGGCUUCAAACUGAAGCUGUACAAGAUCAAGUUGUGAUGCAAAAGAUUUAUGAGCGGCAAUCCGCGGCCGCGCGUGGCGGCGGUCCUCACACCGGCGGUGACGGAUCGACUGGGCAGAAGACGGGGGAUAAGUGUUGCUUUGCCUCACCCUACUCGCUUUCUCCACUGGGAAUGCCCGUGGGUCACGUUGUGGGGGAAGUGUGGAGGAGAAGAGGGCGGUUGGGUUGCUCCACCCUGCCCCGCUAGCCUUCAUGGUUGCUUGAGAUUCUAUGUGCGUCUAUGCCCACGCUCGUUUGUUUGCUGCUACUGCCACUGUUGCAAUCUGUGAAUAAAGAAAAAAGCUAGUCGAUGUGCGCGAAGAGGGUAAGCGCUGGCCUUGCCGUCGUGCUGAUAUUAAUGUUUUAGUGAGGGCGCGUCGCGUUUGAGCAGACGUGAAUUAGUGUACGUGGACUCUAGAGUUCUGACCCGAGUUUAUCCUAGCCAAGAUUAGAUCGGACUGUGAUAGGUUUGCUUCGAUUUGAUCGCGCGUGGUAUUGGCCGGUGCGUCUUCCAAUCGAGCGUGAGUAUGUUUUUUUUAUACAGUGUCCUUCUGUAAACUGCGCUGCUAGGAUGGAGAUGUCAUCCAUUCCUUUACGAUACUCUCAGGCUUAGACUGACCAAAAUUUGUGCGUGUGUGUUCGUGUCGUGGUACCACCUCAUUUCUCACGAUUCUUAACCUCAGUUCGUUGUUAAGUAUUAUUAUUGUCUAGUACCACGUUAUAUCUCAAGAGUUCCUCAGUUCAUUAUUAUAAUUACCGUUGUAAGUAUUAUCGUCUGCGCAGUCUAAUCAGUGUGAUUGUCUUAAUUUCCAUGUUAGAUGAUUUAGCGGUGAUUCCGAUAGAUGAGGUUUAAUCGCGUUAAAUCUGCUCCUUUGUGAUAAGGUUGAUGUUUGAUGAGAUUUAUUAUAUUAACGUAGUGUUGUAGCAUAUGGUCGUUGGUUAUGGAUGGAUGUUAUGGUCUGUAAAUACACAGUUGUUACAGAGUUAACAAAGUUCUAUGUGUUUCAGAUAUAUAUAUAUAACAUAGAUUAUUUACACAUAGAUGUACAUAGUGUGACCAAAAAAGGUAGAGAGAGCGAUACGAUGGGGGGGGGGGCAUCCUCUAGGUGGUGCUAGUACGGCCGAAUAUGUUUAGCUGAUACUCAAUAUACAUACUAAGGCUGAAACCUUGCCAAUUGUUUCUUGUAAGUGUAGAAGUGAAAUAGAUAUUGUUGAAACGAA